AAACGUUCAACAUGGUGAACUCUGCUCAAGUCAGGUAAAGCAGGUAGAUCACGUCACUGAUAAAACGUGAACUGAUGGUGGGAGGUUUGAGUGCAGGUCUUCCUGCUGGGACAUCUGAUGCCUCCACAUCCAGGCGCUGAGGGAACGGCCGUGCUUGGGAAGCAGACGGGAGUCCGACUGUGUUUAUUUUAAAAGCGGACUUCCAGGAGGAGGCGAGGUGUGACCGAUCCCAGGAGAGCUCUUUAUCAGGUAAUGGACCUGGUGAUCAAACAUCUCACACAGAGUGGAAAAGAAGCAAGGGAAGUCGUCGUGUCACAGGAGGGAAGGGUCUGGAUUGGACAGGAGGCUCCGGAGCAGCUGCUAUAAAACCUGAAGCUGCAGGAAGACAGAAACGCAGAGAAGACGACGGACAGCAGAGUUUUAUCUCCAGAAUCAAGAUGCGGCUCUGCAGCCAUCUUCUGAUCUUCUGCCUGCUGCCCAUCAUCCUGCAAUGCAGCGUCCUUGGAGUCCAACAGCAGCCGGCUCAGCACAUAGACUGGCCCGGGCUGAGGGCGCUGGCCGUCCUGUGGCGCCGAACAGGAAGGAUGAAGCCCAGACUGGAGCUCAGCGCCAAACUCCUCCGAACAGACGACCUGAUGAUGAUGAUGGAGAAUGACGUGACCGAGCCCCAGAGGAAGAGGAGUUUCCCUGGGAACAACGCCCCGCUGGACCGGCUGUCCGUGGGCUCCAUGGAAACCAGACAGGGCAAGAAGAAGCAGAGCAAGGUGGCGGAGUCGCCACGGCGACGAAGCAAUCCGCCUCCCAUCGACCGAGUCGGAAUGAGCCGUCUGCCGACGACUCGAGGAUAGCAACGACGCCCUCAUCUGGACAGGAAUCCAUUGUCAUCUCUCUUCAGUCGAGUCCCUGCAUAAAUACCAGCCAACCACCUGGUCACCUCACCUGGACACGCUUUAAAUGAUGGUGCAUUCAGGUGCAGCUCAAUAAACUCAGGACCAACAGCUCAAGUCUUAAGGAGACAAACUUCUUCACAAAAACACAGAAUUCAUGAGGAUAUUACAUAAUUUCAUGCAUUUUAAUGAAACUUUAAUGAAAUGAAAGCAUCGAAUUGUAUCGAAUUAUUUUAGGCAAAAAUUAUGAGAAACACCCAAAAUAUUCAAAUUCGACAACAAAGUAUAAAUAUAAAUAAAAAUGUUUAAUACCAGAACUGAUUACGAUGACCUGAACACCUUAAGUUAUUAAUCUAUUAACGGUGUUAGAAAAAUACCUUUGGUCAAUAAUGUGAUUUAUUUAGAAAAGCUCAUUUUGGUGCAACAACAGUUCAAAAUAACAAACCAAAUAACAAAAUAAAUCUUUCACAAAAUGUUAAUUAGCUACAGAUUUUAAGAUUUAUUUCACUCUAAAUCAUCAGGUCCACAUUUAUUGUUGCCGUUAGGGCUGAUCUUGGUUCAGACCUUUUGGCUGCACCUGAACGCACCAUCUCCGGCUCUCCCUGCUUCACCUGACUGGAAGCGACCGCCGCCUCGACUCGAAACGCCCGACACGACUGGAGCCUUCCAGCUUUCUGCUCAAGUCUCUUUUUAAUGUUGCAGCCGGACGCAUUUCUGCUGCAGCACAGAAACACACCGACGGGAGGCUGCAGCCGGUUUUGUUCACAGGGCGAUGUUAAAUCUGCCAAACAGUUCUUGACGGAUUUGUUUUUUAAAUUUUCUCUUAUCAAAUAAAGUAAAGAUGUAAAUUCAGAAAUGUCAUCUGAAAAAG